AUGGAAUAUACGAAUGACGAUGAUAAUAAUGAUGAUGAUAAGAAUAGUGAUAACAAUGAUAAUGAUGAUGUUGACGACAAUAGUGAUAAUAAUGAUAAUGAUGAUUGUGACAACAAUAGUGAUAAUAAUGAUAAUGAUGAUUGUGACAACAAUAGUGAUAAUAAUGAUAAUGAUGAUUGUGACAACAAUAGUGAUAAUAAUGAUAAUGAUGAUGUUGAUGACAAUAGUGAUAAUAAUGAUAAUGAUGAUGGUGACAACAAUAGUGAUAAUAAUGAUAAUGAUGAUGGUGACAACAAUAGUGAUAAUAAUGAUAAUGAUGAUGUUGGUGAAAAUAGUGAUAAUAAUGAUAAUGGUGAUGUUGACAACAAUAGUGAUAAUAAUGAUAAUGAUGAUGAUAACGAUAGUGAUAAUGAUAACGAUGAAAUAGUAAUAGUGUCAGCAAUAAUUUCAGGGCAGAAGUAA